UGGUCGGUGUUACAUCACCUUCGUGGUUAAAUAUUUAAUUUGAUCAUCGUUAAUUGGUUGUUUCCUAUUUUACAGGCUUUUAAUCAAUCAACCAACUUUCUUCAUCCUUCUUCACUUUUUAUGUGGACUUUAUAUCAAACAUUCUACUGGUGAGUAGAAAAUAUAUCUUCAUUGCAUCUGUUUCACACUUGUAAACAGAGGACUGUGAUGUCUAAGACAAGAAACUUGUUAAGAAUUUUUAAAGUAUUACCAUGGAGAACGUUGAUCACUUGGACACUUAUAAGACAUCUGCUUUUAGCCAUAUAGAUGCAGUUGAAGAGACAGACAGAGAUGAGAAAGCUGAAGCCAAAAAUAUUCCUGAAUAUCGCUGUGAGAUUUGUCGGAAGACAUUCUCUUCAGAAGAUGAAGUCUUGUCGCACGAAGAAACACACAGAAAAGAAAAACGAUAUCGCUGUGAGAUAUGUGGGAAAUAUUUUGCUUUUGCCAGUAAACUAGUAAUACAUAAUAGAAUGCACACGGGGGAAAAACUAGAAAAAGUGUUUCGCUGUGAAAUUUGCGGGAAAUCUUUUGUCAAUAAUAGCAACUUAAAGAGGCACAAAGUUGUACACACCGGGGAAUCCUUGUUUGACUGUGAAAUAUGUGGGGAGUCAUUUUCUAGUAAUUCUACUUUUGUUAUCCACACUCGCAGUCACACCGGAGAAAAACCCUUCCACUGUGAAAUAUGCUGCAAGUAUUUUGUAUAUAACAGUGUCUUUACCAAACACCAAAUAAUGCACAUCGAAGAAAAAAGUUUCAAAUGCAAAAUAUGUGGUAAAUCUUUCGCUCACGAUUCUCAAUUUAAGAUUCACAAACGUAGCCAUAGUGGCGAAAAACCUUUCCGUUGUGAAAUAUGCAAGCAGUCUUUUAUGACUAACAGUAAUUUAACAAGGCACAAAAUAACACACACUGGAGAAAAGCCAUUUCAUUGUGGAACGUGUGGGAAAUCUUUUAUGACUAACAAUUAUUUAACAAAACAUAAAAUAAUUCAUACUGGAGAAAGACCUUAUCGCUGUGAAACCUGUGGGAAAGCUUUCACACAGAAUUCUAAUCUUAUUGUUCACAAACGUUGUCACUCUGGAGAAAAACGUUAUCGUUGUGAAAUAUGCGGGAAGCGGUUUAUCCAUAAUAGUAAUUUAACGACACAUAGACGAAUACAUUCCGGGGAAAAUCCAUUUCGUUGUGAAACGUGUGGGAAGUCCUUCUAUAAUAAGUCUAAUCUUAUUGCCCAUGUACGUAAUCACACGGGAGAGAAACCUUUCCGUUGUGAAACCUGUGGGAAGUCGUUCAAUAAUAAAUCUCAUCUCGUUUCCCACGGAGCUAGUCACACGGGAGAGAAACGGUGUCGUUGUGAGACAUGUGGUAAAUCUUUUGUAUCUAACAGCUACCUAGCAACACAUGCAAGAGUACACUCUGGAGAGAAACCGUUCCGCUGUGAAGUCUGCGAUAAAUCGUUUAUCACAAAUGGUCUGUUAAAAACUCAUAGAGUACAACACACGGGGGAGAAACCCUUCAGUUGUGAAACGUGUGGGAAGUGUUUUAGCAAUAAUAGUUAUUUAAUAAAACACAGGCGGAUCCACACUGGGGAAAAACCUUAUCACUGUGAGAUAUGUGGGAAGUGCUUCACCCAGGAUUCUAAUCUCGUAGUCCACAAGCGUAGUCACACGGGAGAGAGACCCUAUCGUUGUGGGAUAUGCGAGAAGUCGUUUGCGUCUAAUAGCGAUUUAAGCAGACACAGAUUGAUACAUUCUGGAGAGAAACUGUUUCGUUGUGAAGUGUGUGAGAAAUGUUUCACUAAUAAUUCAAGCCUUCAUCUUCACGUACGCAGUCACACAGGAGAAAAGCCAUUUCGCUGUAAUACAUGUGGGAAAUCUUUCGCUCAGAAUUCCAACCUCGUCGUACACAAAAAGAAACACUUGAUCACAUGACCAACCAGGCUAUCAGAUGUUGUUACACUUCACUAGUCACAAUUCGCUUUGCGUCACUUUAGCUUUUGAAUGAUGCCAACCAUGAUGGCUAGGCGAGCCGACCAACAUUUCUACCCCUGAUUGCAGGGACGACAAGAAAAGAAGUGUUUUUACUCAAGAACGCAAUGUGUCGCCUGGCCUGGGAACUGAAACCAUGAUCUAGCAAUCAUGAAUACAACAGCCUAACCUAUUUCUUUACUACCCACAAGGGGUUAAACACAGAGGGGACAAACAAGGAUAGACAAAUGGAUUAAAUCGAUUAUACCGAC